UUUUGCCGCGAAACUGAACUGAGCUGCACAGUGAGAGUCAGAAGCUUUAAAGUUUGAAUAAACUUUUAAUUUAUAGUUUCGGUGUUGUCCUGUUUGUGUUGAACGGUGUCGGGAUGUUCUGUGAAAAAGCCAUCGAGUUAAUCAGAGAACUUCACCGGAUGAGCGACGGACAGUUGCCCGCUUUUAACGAGGAUGGACUCCGACAGGUUCUGCAGGAGAUGGAAGCUCUUUAUGAACAGAACCAGACGGAUGUUAACGAGGCGAAGGCUGAAGGUCGAGCUGACUUGAUUCCCUCCAUUAAACUGCGUCACUGCUGCCUGUUGAGGAACCAGCGCUGCCUCACCGCCUACCUGUACGACCGCCUGCUGAGGAUCAGAGCUCUGCGGUGGGAGUAUGGCAGCGUGCUGCCCGCUAAUGUCCGCUUCCACAUGUGUGCAGAGGAGGUGCAGUGGUUCGGUCAGUAUAAAAAGUCUCUGGCCUCCUUCAUGCGGUCUCUGGGUGGGGGGGAGGGUCUGGACAUCACUCAGGACAUGAAGCCUCCAAAGAGUCUUUACAUCGAGGUGAGGUGUUUAAAGGAUCACGGCGAGUUCGAGAUCGAUGAUGGGACGGUGAUCCUGCUGAAGAAGAACAGUCAGCACUUCCUGCCACGGUGGAAAUGUGAGCAGCUGAUUCGUCAGGGCGUCCUGGAGCACGUCGUGUCCUGAUGUCACAACAUCUGAGAGGAUUCAUCCAAUCACUGACCAGUCUGCAAACCGUCUGAUUCUAAAGCUCGGCUGUUUUCUCUAAACCCGACAGUCUGAAACUUUAUUCUGACG